UUGCAGACCCUCAACUAAUUGGUUUGCAUAAUGAAGUUGUUCCCCAACUAACCUCGAUAGCAAUAUGGGAUAGUGAUAGAUACUUGUCCAAAACAUUUUGGCAAGCAUACCGUUUUAUAGAUCCUGAUGUUGUGAUAUUCCUUGGCGAUUUACUGGACGAAGGCUCAACUGCAGAUGACAAAGAAUUCAACUUAUAUGUUGAUCGCUUUUAUAACAUUUUUGAAAAUCAAGAAAAUGUUUUGAAUAUAUGGAUUGCCGGCGAUAACGAUAUAGGAGGAGAAUAUCCUGAUUAUGUCACAUAUCAUAAAAUACAACGGUUUACAAAGGCUUUUUCGCAACCUGAUGUAAUCACUUACCGAGACGUCACAUGUGUUAAGGCCAAUACUUUUCAAUAUAAAUUGCCGAUUAUGCCAGAAUUGGCAAACAUAACGAAUUUCAACAUUGUGCUAAGUCAUGUUCCAUUAUUGUCAAGUUUGUCUUCUUUUGUAGAUAAAGUUUUAGAUGCGACUCAUCCAAAAUUUCUGUUUGCGGCCCAUACUCAUAACUCAAUGGUAAUUACUACUCGUCAGAAGUCACGACACAACCGAGCUAUAACUCCAAUCAAUCCCGAUGACGACAUCCAUGUUUACAACUUAAAUACGGGCGAUUUAUUUGAAAUUAUUGUACCUACAUGUUCUUACAGAAUGGGUACUUUUAAUAUUGGCUAUGGGUUUGCAGUUGUAGACAAGGCGUCACUGCAGUAUACAGUCCUUUGGUCUCCUUCCCGGUUUUUCCAGUUAAAAAUUUAUGGAAUCUUUUGCAUUGUUUUUAUUUUAUGUGGCUUAUAUAAAUGUACAAAAAGAACUAAAGCUUAUACAACAAUUCAUCCUACUGUGUAAUAUUGUAGGAGUUGCUUGGUGAUUAUCGAAUGUAUGAUCCGUCCUCAAUUCUGCCAUGAUGAUCUUAAACAUUUACUAUUGCUAAUUUAUUGUAGCAUUGUUACUCAUAAUAAAUAUAAAUAUUUCAUAACUGUUCA